AUGUCUGUCCCCUCAACGGGGAGAGUUAGGUGGAGGAGGAGCGCUGCAACCGAUAAUGAAGCGGGGGGAGAUCUGCCUGCCUUCUGCCUGGUGCAGCUGCGCAUUACUAUCUCCUUCAUCAGUACGAAUGAAAUCGUAACGCUCGAUGUACCCGAGAGCAUCCCAGUCCAGGACUUUAAGGCUCUUAUCGCCUCCGAGCUCCCCACUGUCCCACCAAACGCCCAGCAUCUGUACCACAAUGGGCGAUUGCUGGGCGACCAAACGAGAACACUACAGCAGUACGGCGUUGUGAAUGAUGACUUAAUUGUCCUACACUCUCGAGCUCCCGGCGGCCAGCAGCAACAGCAGCAAGCCGGGGGUGUGCCUCGGAGACCACAGCAGCAGCAACCACAACAUCAGCAGCAGGGCGGUGGGCAUGACCCAGAGCUUAUUCGUCUACAGGUUCUAGGAGACCCCCGGUUGUUGGGUCAGCUUCGGGAAUCGCAGCCAGAGCUAGUGGCGGCGGUGAACGAUCCUGAGAGGUUCGCCCAAACAUUUCGGAACCUGGAACAACAAAGAGCCGAGAUGGAAAGACAGAAACAAAGAGAGAUCCAAAUGUUGAACGAGGAACCAUUCAACAUUGAGGCUCAAAGAAAGAUUGAGGAACUUAUCAGGCAGGAGGCCGUUAUGGAGAAUUUACAGAGCGCCCUAGAGCACAAUCCAGAAGCUUUCGGUCGUGUAACCAUGUUGUACAUCCCCGUUGAGGUUAAUGGAAUGAAAGUCAAGGCUUUUGUAGACUCUGGUGCACAAGCAACCAUUAUGUCGCCCUCAUGUGCUGAAAGGUGUGGAAUCAUGCGUCUUGUUGAUCAACGCUUCGCCGGUAUUGCGCGCGGUGUCGGAACAGCCAAAAUUCUUGGACGAGUUCAUUCCGCGCAAAUCAGGAUUGGAAAUCUUUUUCUUGCGUGUUCAUUUACAGUCAUGGAAGGCAAGGAUGUGGACCUUUUGCUUGGAUUGGACAUGUUAAAGAGACAUCAAGCAAUGCUAGACUUCAGGAAGGGAUGCUUGGUGAUCCAAGAUGAGCAAGUUGAGUUUCUUGGAGAGAGCGAGAUCCCAAAGAACAUCCACGAGAUGGAAGCAGAGAACGAGCCAACCGUCGAGGGACCCGGUGGCGCGAAGGUUGGUGGGCGGACUGGAGCUUUAAUUGAACCAUCGAUCCAGUCAACGCCAGCAAGAUACGGGGGUACGAGUGGAAGUGGCAGUGGAAGUGCCCAAUCAUCGGCGCAACAGCCGAUACAACCGCAACAGCUACCGCAGCAACCAGCUGCACCGCCAUGCUAUACAGCCGAGGCGGUAGAGCAAUUGGAGAAUUUAGGAUUCUCCAAGCAACAGGCAGUGGCUGCACUGAACGCUACCGGGGGUGAUGUCGACAUGGCCGCCAGUUUGUUGUUUCAGUGA